GGUCACGCUCACAUGGUUUGCUCAUCACGAGACACAUUUUGCUGUCAGACGGUAAAGAAGACAAGAUGGCUUUUGUAAUGAUGAGUAAGUAACCAUAUCUCUCACAAUAAAUGCUGUUACUUAAAAAUACUUUUAUAGUCGAGACUGCGUCACAAAUACAUACAGCUACACAAAAUGUGAUGUCAUCCUUGUACAGUAACUGGAAGUACAUGGCACUAGCAGCGAUUGUAAUAGCAAUUGUCACCUUAUUUAUGAUAUAUAAUGCUUUUGUUCUUAAGUCAGUUGAAAGCCCAAAUGAGGUUGUAGUAGAGGGUUUCAACUUUCCAGAGAGACCUCCUCCUCCUCCUCCUGUUGGUGAUGAGCCAGCUGAUGCUGGAAAUGAUAAUCAACAGGUUAUCAAUGGAGGAGAGAAUCCAGGCAAACAGAAUAACAAUGAGAACAAAAACAAUCCUGAAGUUCAACACUCAGGCAUAAUUAGACAAGAUAUAGACAAGAAAGAUCAAGCCACACCACUAGAGAAAACAAGUCCAAAAAUAUUAGCAUCAAUCUCAAACACACAAGAGGAACAUGAAUACAUGAUCCUUCCCAUUGAAGUCAAAAAAGGAAAAAUUGACAAGUCCUUAUGGGUAGUUAACUACCCAUAUUAUCCUGGUACAUGUAAAUGCCUAUUUCCAGGAUAUUGUGAGAAAGAUUUCACAUCAGAUCUUUCUCAAACGGAUAACUUUGACGUCAAAAAACUACAUGUAUAGCAUAUACAUGUACAGUACAUACAAGUAUAUAUGGCCAUAUACAUCAUGUUCAGAUACAACCAAUGUGCAUUGUAAUCAUGUCUUUGUUUAUUAAUUGUCAUUGUCAUUGCCUCAUUUAA